AUGCCACAGCUCGAGGCUAGUCACUACCUCUCCACAGAAGGGGAUGUUCUCCGUGCUUCGAAUCUGUAUCUGCUCCAUCCAGUCAAUGUUGCAGUGAAGAGCUUGAUCACCAACGGAGAUCUUUACUGCACAAGUGAGCAGUCUUCCCGUGGGGGUUGUCGGACCGAUAUCAGGUGGGUAUACCGGUCAAGCCAGAGCGGUCAGACGACCAAUAUCGCAGUUCUGGAGUUCAAAAACACCCAAGUCUUACACUGGGCCGAUUUCCUCCCUGCCUCUACCGAUCAACAACAUGCUCAAGCCAAACUUGACGAUGCCCAAGAAAAACCAAAAUAUACCCACCUGAUCAACAACGCACAUUUGCUGUCAAAGCAGGCUAAGAAGUACUGCCUUAAGCUGUCGGCGCCUGACGUUGCUAUUUUCGACUGGCAUGCAAUGUUCGUGUUCGAUUUCACUGGAAUGGAUGAAGAUGCCUACGAUCCGGUCUUGGCGAAAGGGAUCUGA